AUGGGGGUCACACUCUCAGCACUGGAGAAUGAGAGUUGUUUCACAACUGAAAAUGAUGAGAAUGGCCAAGCAGAAAACUUUUCCAUGGACCCACAAUUGGAGAGGCAAGUGGAGACCAUUCGCAACCUCGUGGACUCUUACAUGUCUAUUAUCAACAAAUGCAUCCGAGAUCUAAUUCCAAAAACCAUAAUGCACCUUAUGAUCAAUAAUGUUAAAGACUUCAUAAACUCUGAGCUCCUAGCACAGUUAUAUUCUUCAGAGGACCAAAAUACUCUGAUGGAGGAGUCUGCUGAGCAGGCUCAGCGCAGGGAUGAAAUGCUCCGAAUGUACCAAGCCCUGAAAGAAGCCCUUGUGAUCAUUGGUGACAUCAACACAGCCACUGUGUCCACCCCAGCGCCACCUCCAGUGGAUGACUCCUGGAUCCAGCAUUCUCGCAGAUCACCUCCUCCAAGCCCCACAACCCAAAGGAGGCCGACUCUAAGUGCUCCCCUCACGAGGCCUAUGUCUGGCCGAGGUCCAGCUCCUGCCAUUCCCUCUCCAGGCCCUCACUCAGGGGCUCCCCCAGUUCCAUUCCGUCCAGGCCCAUUACCUCCUUUUCCCAACAGCAGCGACUCAUUUGGAGCUCCUCCGCAAGUUCCAUCCCGGCCCACAAGGGCUCCACCCAGUGUUCCAAG